GAAAGAUUAUCGAUAGUAUAAGCCUCGUUUUACUAAUCGAGUGUUGGUUAGAUUGAUAGUUAUAUCGGUACUUUCAAAAUCCGCAAGCGUAUCGUAUAGGCUUAACCACUGAGGAAAGAAAAAUGAGAUAUGUGAGAGUUCAUUUCAGCAUCUUCCAGCAGCAUGAACAGUUUUCUAUUUAGAUAUUACUAAUCAUCACCCGCCGCAAACUGUGAAAAUGUGAAACAAUGCGAUUACUAAAUCAUAACACCUUACAGAAGACGAUUAGCUGGAAAGAAAUUUGAUAGUUGUGCAACUAAGUAAUAUUUUAAUUAUGCAUAUAACCUGAAAAACUGAUUAAGAGUUAUUAAAUCAUAUUUUUAAAGCUAACUGCUGCAAUAUGGUGCUUAAGAAAAAUUUUUCCCAAUUUGUACCCAAUCACAAACCCGUUAAUUACGCGGACAUAGAAAAAUUAAAGAGUUUUAUAUCAAGUUCCCAAAAGCUUUUAGUUCUUACUGGUGCGGGUAUCUCUACAGAAUCAGGUAUACCUGACUAUCGUUCUAAGGAUGUUGGUCUCUAUGCGAGAACAAAUCAUAAACCAAUAACUCACCAAGAGUUUUUAAAAUCAGACGUAAUUAGGCAAGGAUAUUGGGCAAGGAAUUUUGUGGGUUGGGACCGGUUCUCCAGGUGUGUACCGAACAUUGUACACUACACUCUAAAAGAUUUGGAAAUGCAAAGUGGCAAAAUAUCAGUAGUGGUUACUCAAAAUGUAGAUAACUUACAUUUUAAAGCUGGUAGUGAAAAUGUAAUUGAGUUACAUGGUAGUGGUUUUCGAGUGCUGUGUUUAAAGUGUGGAUCUUUAUUCAGCCGUCAUUACAUUCAAGAAAAAUUACUGAAGGUAAAUGGAAAAGUUAAAAAUAUUUCCAAAAUGAUAAGGCCUGAUGGAGACGUUGAAAUACCCGAAAUGUUUGUUAAAACAUUUAUUCCGCCUAUGUGUGAACUUUGUGGUGGAAUCCUCAAACCAGAUAUUAUAUUUUUUGGUGACAAUGUGCCAAAGUCUCGGGUUGACUUGAUAAGAUACAAAGUUGCCCACAGUGACUCUCUAUUGGUGCUGGGAUCAAGUUUAUCUACUUUUUCUGGUUACAGGAUAGUUUUGCAGGCUCUUGAAGAGAAGAAAAACAUGGCAAUAGUGAACAUUGGACCCACUAGGGCUGAUGAUUGUGUUCAAAUCAAAAUUGAAGCCAAAUGUGGUGAUAUCUUGCACAAAGUUGUGGACUUCCACUAAUGUAAUAAAAAAGGUCAGAAAUUUAUUACUGAUUCUGGUGACUCUAUAUGGUGUUUAGAUUGUUAAGUUUAAGACUCCUUAAAGAUUUUUUCUAAUACUAAAAUCCUAAAACAAAAUGAACAGAUAUUGACCUUCAUUUUCCAGUUGCAAUGUACGAACCUGUAAUUAAUCUACAAAUAUUUUUUUUAUAAAACAGAACUGCAAAACAAAUUUAUUUUUUAGACAUAUCACAGAUGUGACAAAAGUAUACAUUUAAAAGCUGUUAGUUCAAGCAGUAUGUCCUUAAAUUUUUUGGUUCACAAUUUCUAGAUAACUGCAAAAGUGUUUUAUCUGAUUAAUCUGAAGAUUUACGGAUGUAAAAUAAGAUGUUAACAAAUAAAUAUUUUGAUGACACCAUCUUUGGUACCUUCCAAUAAAAAUAUAUGUUAAAAAUUUGACAUGAGAGCUGUUAAUGAUAAUUUGCUUUUUACUCUUCUUUACCUUUCACGCAAUGGUGUUUCCUUGAUUAGUGUAGUUGGAAUAGAUUACCUCCAUUUUUACAGGUAAACAAUUCCCAAACUUAUCCUUCCCACAUAGAAAAUCCUGUUGC